GACUGCACAGCCCUGAUAAAACAAUUUAUGAUUAGUUUUAAUUUUUAAUAGUUUGUAAUUGCAGAUUCUUUCAUUUGUCGAACAUACCUCAAUCGAACCAUACAAUUAAAAUGACCACCAAAAUAAGCAUUUGACGUAGAACAAACUCCCCAAAUUAACAGUUUAAAAGGCUGUUCCACUUCAAACCGACUCAGUUCCUCCUACAAACUCCCCCAACCAACAUGGCCUUCUUGGACACGCUCCUGUUCCGGCUCUUCUUCUGGAAGAAUCCUUGGGACCCCCGAAACAGACUGGAAUCGUUCAAGCGGCAGCUCACCCUGCUCAAGUGGAUCGGGCUGUGGCCACCGCUGGAAGGCACCGACCGGCAGCGUCUCCUGUACCGAAUCUACGGAUGGACCCUCCGGAUUGUGUUUCUGUAUGCGUUCACACUGUCGCAGGUGCUGUUCUUUUUGAACGUGCAAAAUGUGCAGGAUCUGGCGAAUGCACUGUACGCGUUGAUGACCCAACUCACGCUGAUUGUUAAGCUGAGGAUAUUUUGCAGUAAAAUUGACUCGAUUCAGGUGCUGGUGCUGAGAGUGCGAUGUUCCAUGUUUCAUCCCCAGUGUGAUGCUGAGACAAAAGAAGUGCUGCGGGCGAUGAACACCACUUGGUUCUUCGGGACGUUGUUUCACGUGGUGUCCUUUGCAACGGUCACCUUCUGGGCCAUUUCUCCGGCGUUGAAGAGAGAAUUUGCACUGCUGUUGCCGUCGUGGUUUCCCUUUGACUACCGUCAAUCGGUUUGGGUUUACGGAGCAGUUUGGUUUUAUCAGACUUUUUCGUUGUACAUCUGUGCGAGCUUAAACGUGGCCACUGAUACCAUGAUAAUUGGGUUGAUUUCUCACAUCGGAGGACAGGUUGGAAGGUUAGGGGUUUUGUUUUCCAAGAUGGGUUACGUUGCUUCCGGUGCUAAAAGACAGAUUGACCUAAGUUGUAAAAUUUGCAAUUCUUUGUCACCAUUGCUGAAUAACAUCGAGAAGCUCGCCAAAAUCCAUGGAGAAUCUUAUGCUUAUCUGAUUGAGCUGAUAUUAUUUCAUAAAGAAAUUUUGAGAUUUGCAUACGAGGUAGUGGACAUCUUCAACGUUUCAAUAUUUUCACAAAUCAUAGCAUCGGUAAUCAUCAUCUGUAUGACUGCUUUGAAAGUCAUAUCGGACCGUAAUGUGGUAUCGAUGAUUGGAAAUCUCAUUUAUUUGUCAACGAUGAUCUGCCAGAUUUUACAGUUUUGCUACGUCGGGAAUGAUAUUAGCUAUUCGACUGGAAAAUUCAACGAAAUGGCAAUAUUUAGUAACUAUCCCGAAUUUAACAAAACUACAGCCAGAGCAUUUCUCAUCUAUUUGACAAAAGUUAUUCAGCCCGCAGAUAUUAAAGUUGGUCACGUCUUUAAAUUUUCUCUGACAUUAUCAACUUUCCUCUGGAUUCUCAAAACAUCCUAUUCCUACUUUGCUGUCCUCAACAGUGUGCGGUCGUAAAUUUCCACAAAAUUUGUUCACAAGAAAACAUGAAUAAAAUUUACUCACAAACACAACCCACCACAACCUCCAUAAUUUAAAAUUUAAAUCACUUUCCCGUCGCAACUUUCACCUCUCAAUUCACCCUGG